UCGAUUCCGAGUGCAGUGCAGUUGUUGCGUGUGUGGGCGGUGCAGUGUAAAGUGCUUAUGAUCUACGUCUUUUCUUAAAAAAUAAAAUAUCGUUUUAAUUAGAAACAAACAUGUUCAAACUGUCGCUUAAACGAUUCGCUUCCUUAUUGCUAUUCCAAAUGGUUUUCCUGUGCGUUGAUUUGGGAAUAAACAGUUUUUCGUAUUUAACCCGUGGUGACAAAGUUUCCAUCAUCUUUCUGUUUUUGGCCCAAGAUGUAUGUCUGAUCCUCUCGUUUACGGCAAUCAUUUUCAGCUUGUACUCAACCUACGUUUAUCAGGCUGGCAUGGCACAUCUUUUGUACGAAAAGUUCCGAGUCCCUCUGCUAGUGGCCAUGACGUAUUUCCUGCUUUGCAUUACUCUGCACAUCUGGCAAGUGGUUGACCACAACAAGUCACCAUAUCUCUUCCAAUGGCCCAAGGCACUAACCGCCUUGUUCAUCAUUCAGAGACUAUUUUCCCCGCUCUACUACUAUCUGUACAAGAGAUCUGCGUUGAAGAUGAGCGAUCCACGGUUCUACGAAAACUUGGACUGGAUCACUUCGCAGUUGGCCAUUAAGUAAACAUUUGGAGGGUAAGCAAAACCAACAGGUCGCACUUUAAGGUUUGAGUUCUCGCCUUCGUUUCAAGUCGAUCCUUGGAGCCCCGUUGGGCUGGAUCAUGUUUAUGUUCCCAAUGUUCUGUUUAGUUAGCAGACCUGGAAAAUGUUAAGGAAAACAACAUAUAACGCUUACCAACAAUUUUGUCACAUGGUUUUUCUAUUCUCGUCGUGGAGUACGAAGGUAUCUCAUAUUUAAGGCGGUCAGCUUGUAACCAAAUUAAACAUUCUAUAAUCGAGAUUCAAUCAUUAAAUGCUGGCUAAAUAUGGAAGUGAAAGUUUACUGAAGUAUAAAGCACUACAGGGAUGUGUAAUAGGUCCCUAAAAAGUCUUUAUUAUGGAUGGAAGUUCUGUCGGACAACAGGAUAUUGUCCAGGAAUUCAACAAUCAGUCGUUUGUUCAAAAAUUAACUUAGAAAUUUAUCUAUAAAAUCCAUCAAGAAUUCCUCAGGAUCUAGGGAGUUUUUUUUUACAGAGAUCCUUGUAAGAGCUCAUCAGGAAUUUCUACAGAAGUUUCAUCACUUAUUACGUUAGCAUUUUUUUCAGCAAUUUCUCCAAUAGUUAGCAAAAAUAUCUUAUAAAACCAGUGAAGACAUCGUUCGAAAUAUUACUGCUUGAAUUCUUGAAGAUGAAAGAAUCUUCAGAUUUUCUAGAUAAAUUUGUAUUUCAAGUGCUAUCCUAAUACCUCAUGACGAAAAUAGGGAGUGACAAAGUUGUAUGUUACAUCAGACUGGAAUAUCAAACGAAUGCAACAAAAUAAUUUUUAAUUUGUAGCUGUUGAUGAUUCCAAAACGUUCUCAUAAAAAGAUUAUAGAUCUCGAUAAAUUGGAAAUAUUUUCAUAUGUGUAACACAGUGUAGGGAUGUUGAAAAAGCGAUAAUUAGAUAAAUGUGUGUCCUAAUAACAAUGGUGAACAAUAUGUUGUUGCACAUAUCAAUAAAUACCUAUCAAAUGUUGAA